AUGUCCGACAACAAGCAGCCCACCUUGCCGGCCAUUGUCACAACAUCGACCGAUGCAGAGGCUGACACUGGCGCAGCGGCCGGUCACAACCGCAAUGUGAGCGUCGCCAGCUCCACGGGCAUGCUCCAGGUGCCCGGCGCACCUUCCUCUGCUGCCGACGGCUCCAGCUCCAGCCCCGUCACCAGCCAGUCGCCGGCCUCGCCGACUCUCACGGCGGUCAGCGAUCGCACCUUUGACGGCCAGCCCAACCUCACCUCGGUUGCGCUGCGAAACAACGAUCCUCACAAGCAGACCGAGGCUACCACCACGGCUGGCAGCACCACAGCCAAUGACCGCGAGCACACGACGUCUUCCAACUCUGACCGGGCUACCGCGGCCGCCGACCGAGCACCUGUCUCCAAGGAGGCCGACCAGGAGCUCGAAAAGGAGGAGGAUGCCGGUGUCGGUGCCAGGCUCAAGGCCAAGUUCAAGGGCGCCACCCGUUCCGGCAGGAGGGAGGCUCAGGCCCUGGCCCUCCAACAGGAGAAGGAAAGGGCUCUCAACGUCGACCCUCGACCAUUCCCGUUCAAGCCCAUCGUGCUCGCCGACCUGGUCGACCCAAAGAGCGUCCUUGCGCUCAAGGACAUGGGAGGCGUUCGUGGCCUCCUCAACGGUCUAGGCACCGACGAGCACCGAGGACUCGAGCUCGGAGGCACCAAGAACAUCGAGAGUGGCAACAAAGACGACAUCGAGAGCCACGGUCCGGUCCCAGAGAAGCGGGCCCGCGACCCCGACUUUAUCGAGGCCACCGAAGAGGAUCGCAUCCGCGUGUUCGGCCAGAACGUCCUUCCCGAGCGCAAGAGCAACAGCCUGCUGCUGCUCAUGUGGCUCGCUCUGCAGGACAAGAUCCUCAUCCUUCUCUGUGUCGCCGCCGUCGUUUCGCUCUCUCUCGGACUCUACAGCCGCUUCGGCGCGGACCCCGAGCAGGUCGCCUGUCCGAUCGGCGUCACCGGCCCUUGCUUUGCUGCCCAGGUUGACUGGGUCGAGGGUGUUGCCAUCAUUGUUGCCAUCGUCAUCGUCGACCUGGUCGGUUCCCUCAACGACUACCAGAAGGAGCGCCAGUUCAAGAAGCUCAACGCCAAGAAAGAGGAACGUGAGGUCAAGGUCCUUCGCCAGGGCAGGCCCGCCGUCCUGAGCGUUUACGACGUCGUUGUCGGCGACAUUCUUCAGCUCGAGCCCGGUGAGAUUAUCCCGUGCGACGGUGUCUUCCUCCGCGGUCACAACGUUAAGUGCGACGAGUCCGGCGCGACGGGUGAAUCCGACAUGAUCCGCAAGGUCACCUACGACGAGUGUCUCCGCGACCUCGACGAGGCUCGCGAGUUUGGCGAAAAGCCCAAGAACCGCGACUGCUUCCUAAUUUCGGGAUCCAAGGUGCUCGAGGGCGUUGGAGAGUACGUCGUCAUCGCCGUCGGCCCGACCAGCUUCAACGGCAAGCUGAUGCUCGCCUUGCGAGGCGACGCCGAGGACACCCCGCUGCAGGGCAAGCUCAACCGCCUGGCCGAGCUCAUCGCCAUUCUCGGCUCCAGCGCCGGUGCACUCCUCUUCUUCGCACUCAUGAUCCGCUUCUUUGUCCAGCUCAAGACGAUGCCCGACCGCACAUCAGACGAAAAGGCGCAGAACUUCAUCGAUAUCCUCAUCAUCGCCGUCACCCUCGUCGUUGUCGCGGUCCCCGAGGGUCUUCCGCUCGCCGUCACGCUCGCUCUCGCCUUCGCCACCAAGCGCAUGACCAACAUGAACCUCCUCGUCCGCCUCCUCGGCGCUUGCGAGACGAUGGCGAACGCCAGCGUCGUCUGCACCGACAAGACCGGCACGCUGACCCAGAACGAGAUGAACGUCGUCGCGGGCACUGUUGGCGUUCACCUCAAGUUUGCCAACCGCCUCGAGGAGAACCGCAAGCGGCUCGAGACCGAAGGCGACAGCGCUGACGGCAGCACCUGGACCAUGGACCAGGCCGAGCUCAACAAGGUUAUCGACGGUCCGCUCAGGACCCUGUUCAACGACGCCAUCGCCAUCAACUCGACCGCAUUCGAGGAAGAGCACGACGCUACCGACGUUGCGGAGCCAAAGACCGCCGUCGAGGCCGUCAAGAAGCGCGGACUGCUCGGCUGGCUCAAGGGUUCCAAGCAGGCCGAAGCCGCCCCCGCCAAGGAGCUUGGCUUUGUCGGCUCCAAGACCGAGACGGCUCUGCUCAAGAUGGCCAAGCAGCUCCAGUGGGAAGACUACCGGGGACCGCGGGACCGCGCCGAGGUGGCGCAGAUGAUCCCCUUCAGCUCCGAGAGGAAGGCCAUGGGUGUCGUCAUCAAGAAGCCGGACGGAGGCUACCGCCUGUACCUCAAGGGCGCCAGUGAGGUCCUCACCAAGCUCUGCACCCAGCACGUCGACGUCGCCAGGCCAGAAGAGGCAUCCGCGUCUUCGGCAGGCGACGGCUCCAUCAAGGUCGUUCCCUUCACUGACGAGACACGGCAGAAGGUCUCGGAAUCGAUCACCGGUUUCGCCAACCAGACACUCCGCACCCUCGCUCUCACCUACCGCGAGCUCGAGAGCUUCCCGCCCAAGGAUGCCAACUUCGACGAGUCCGGCGAUGUCGAGUACACUUCGCUGGCAAAGGACCUGACGCUGCUCGCCAUCACCGGUAUCGAGGAUCCUCUGCGACCCGGUGUAACCGAGGCCGUCGCCGCCUGCAACCGCGCCGGCGUCCAGGUCAAGAUGUGCACGGGUGACAACGUUUUGACCGCCCGAUCCAUCGCCACUCAGUGCGGCAUCUACACGGCCGGCGGCAUCAUCAUGGAGGGUCCCGUCUUCCGCAAGCUCAGCCGCCCCGACAUGCUCGAGAUCGUGCCUCGCCUCCAGGUGCUGGCGCGAUCGAGCCCAGAGGACAAGAAGAUCCUGGUCGAGAGCCUCAAGAGCAUCGGCGAGGUGGUCGGCGUCACUGGCGACGGCACCAACGACGGCCCUGCGCUCAAGACGGCGAACGUCGGCUUCUCGAUGGGCAUCGCCGGCACCGAGGUUGCCAAGGAGGCGUCCGACAUCAUCCUCAUGGACGACAACUUCGCCAGCAUCGUCAGCGCCAUCAUGUGGGGACGCUGCGUCAACGACGCGGUGCGCAAGUUCCUCCAGUUCCAGCUCUCCGUCAACGUGUCAGCCGUCAUCGUCACCUUUGUCACCGCCGUCGCAUCCUCCGAGGAGAAGUCGGCUCUGACAGCCGUCCAACUGCUGUGGAUCAACCUCAUCAUGGACACGCUCGCCGCGCUCGCGCUGGCCACGGACCCCGCCCACCCUGGUCUGCUGGAUCGCAAGCCCGACAGGCGCAAUGCGCCGCUGAUCUCGACCGACAUGUGGAAAAUGAUUGUUGGCCAGUCGAUCUACCAGUUCACCGUCAUCCUCGUGCUCCACUUUGCCGGCCACAAGCUGCUCAACCUCACCUCGGACAUUCCCGCGGUCCAGGACAACAUGGACGUCGAGCUGAGCGCGCUCGUCUUCAACACGUACGUGUGGUGCCAGCUCUUCAACCAGGUCAACUCGCGCUCGCUGGGCCGCGGCCUCAACAUCUUUGACCAGAUCUGGAAGAACCCGUGGUUCAUCGGCAUCAUGCUCAUCGAGAUCGGGCUGCAGGUGCUCAUCAUGUUCGUCGGAGGCGUGGCGUUCCAGGUGACCGACCUCAAGGGACGCGACUGGGCCAUUUCGAUCGUCGUCGGCGCCGUCUCGUGGCCGCUGGCGGUGCUGAUCCGGCUGAUUCCGACGGCGCCCAUCGAGAGGGUGCUGAUCCGGAUGCGCCUCAUGCCCGACCCCAACGCUCUCCCCGUUGUCACGGAUGAGUCCGAGGACAGCAAGAAAGCCAACGUGACCGAGUGGGACGAGCCGGCCAUCGGUCAGAUCCACCAGCAGCUGCAGACCUACUCGACGAUCCGCGGCGGCCGCAUGCGCGCCAGCGACCGCAUCUUCAAGAGCAAGUCGCGACGCCUGCGCGACGCAAACAUCCAGACAAAGAGCCUGAUGGCCAUGAUUCCAUCGCUCAUCGGCGCCAGCGUCGGCGGAGGCUGGAGACCCGCGCAGAACGGCGACAACGUCGACGGCGCCAACAAGAAGAAUGGCGGCUCGUCGUCGGGCGGCGGCGACCCGUCCGUGUCGACGCAGGACCUCUACGCCGAGGGCAAGAUCCAAUUCCACCCAGAGACGAAGCAGGAUCCGCUCCUCGAGCGGCUACGCUCGGCCAGCCCGGGACCUGCUGCAUCCAAGUCGACCUGA